AUGAGCCCCCAUUUCUCAAAACGGAGACGUGUUUUCGAGGAGCCUACCAAAGAUGAAGAUGGAGACAUUGAAAUGGAAAACGGCGGGGAUAUCUACUCGAUAACAUCAUCUCCAGAAGCCCAACCCGAUUCCGAAGAUCAAGAUCAUAGUGGUCCUAAGGAAAAACCAUCGCGACGUCGAAUUGCGAAAGGAAUAAACACACUAGACCAGGACGACACAAACGAGGCCCGACGCGCGGAAGCCCAAGUUGCGAAGAAGCGGUCCAGUGUACGGCAGCGUAAAGCACCUAAAAGGUUUGAAGACGAGGUUCUAACUCCGAUGCUGAGUCGGAGAGCGGCUGCUACACCCCGAAAUACACGUGCAACGAGAACAGUGAAAACGCCCCAAGGGGAUUCUAUUGAAGGUGAUAUGGAAAUUGAUGAUCAGUCACCGCAACCCACGGCCUCAAUUGCAAGAACAAGAUCUAAGAGGAGCACCGUGAAACCUAGAUCAAGUAAUGUGCGCACUAAAGAAAAGGCUCAGGAUCAAUCGCCUUCGCCGGAGGAUGACGAUGGUCUCGAUGAACUUGUUGAUCUCCAGCUGCAGGAAACCCUUCAAAAGUAUCAAACGGGCGUGCAGGAGGAUGCUUUGAUUACAGAGCCACUCCCAGAAUACGUCGAAACCUUGCAAAAUAUUUGCAAUGGUGGCUUGCAGAAUGAAAUGCGCACUCUGUCAAACAUUGUUCUCCAAAAAUUGUCGGGGAAACGACAGAUCCCUCUCAAAGGCCUCGAGAACGAAUAUAAAAAAGUCAACCACUUGAUCGAGCAAACGGUCACAUUGGGAGAAGGUAACUCAAUGCUUCUUCUUGGUUCUCGGGGUAGCGGGAAAACGGCAAUGGUGGAAACGAUUAUCUCGUCAAUUUCAAAACAACAUGGCAGUGAAUUCCAUGUUGUCCGUUUGAACGGCUUCCUCCACACAGAUGACCGUUUGGCUCUACGGGAGAUGUGGCGUCAACUUGGUCGUGAGACCCAUACUGAAGAUGACGCUGCAAAGGUCAGUUCCUAUGCCGAUACGAUGGCAACUCUGUUGGCGCUGCUAUCCCACCCAGAGGAGUUGUUUGGGGCGUCUGGGAGUAAAGACUCGGUUGCAGCCAAGUCCAUCGUCAUUCUUCUGGAUGAAUUUGAUCUAUUUGUCACCCACCCGCGACAGACUUUAUUGUAUAAUCUUUUCGAUAUUGCUCAGUCACGGAAGGCUCCAAUCGCCGUGAUUGGACUCACCACCAAAGUUGAUGUCACUGAGAUGCUAGAGAAGCGUGUCAAGAGUCGUUUUAGUCACCGAUAUGAAUUUGUCCCACUUCCUAGAACUUUCGAGAUAUUCUCGGACAUUUGUAUGGCGAGCCUGGGUCUGGAGGAUGGCGAGGCUUUAGAGAUUGCAGAAUCAAUUGGCUAUGAGACUACUAUUUUGCAAACAAAUGGCUGGAAAACGCUGCUUCAAGGGUGGAACCUAUACCUAAAGCAUUUGUGGAAUGACAAAGAUUUCCAAUACUAUCUGAGGAAAAUCUUCAACCAGACCAAAUCUGUCAAGGAAUUUCUCACGAGUGCCUUAAUCCCCGUUGGCGAACUCUACCUCAGCAGCCAGGAAUCCGACACAGCGGCAUUCCAGAUUCCUACUCCAAAGAGCUUUGUCACCCAAACUCUCGCAUGCCCCGACCCAGCUCCGCUUCCGUUCUCAACAUCUAGCGGCUCAUCAUCCAGCCCCUCAUCACUACCACUGGCUCUGUUACUCGCAGCAACACGCCUCGCAGCUCUAUUCGACCCAGGCCACGAUGGCGUUCAGUCCCAGAGCCUAUCUCCCCUGGCACUUUCUUUCCCAGCCGCCUAUGCAGAGUAUGUGCGGCUUCUCACAUCCGCCAAGACAUCUGCUUCGGUGUCUGGUGCGGCUGCAACCCCCGGUCGUAUCUGGGGCCGAGACGUGGCAAGGGAAUCGUGGGAGAAGUUGGUGAUAUGGGGAUUGGUCACCCCAGUUGGUAGUGGAAAUGGUACUGCUGAUGGGCAAAUGUUCCGGGUGGAGAUGAGCUUCGAGGAAGUCGUUGAGAUGGCUGGCUCGAGUACUUCACUAGGACAGUGGUGGCGCGACAGUUGA